AUGAAAUCUUUGAAAUUCUUGCAACUUAAAAACCGGAACCCUGGUGGUCGCCAAACAAGAAAUAGCUUCGCCUUUUUUCGUACACAGGAUGAAGGUAUAUCAAAUGUUAACAUACCACCUUCAUUAAGGGAACCAAAAUUGGAUUCAAAAAGAGAAUCAAAACGUGAAUCGAAAUUAGAAGCAAAGCGUUUACAACAAUUACAACGUGAACAAGAUGCCGCUAAUCGAAGUAACCAAAGGCAAUCGGUGGCACAAAAUGUACGCUCUUCAGCCGUCGAACCUAUAACCAUCACUACCUUAAGGGAAGAAAUACAACAACGUGAGGCCGCCUUAAAAACCUUGGAAAAUAGGAUAAAGGGUAUGGAAUCAGAGAAAGAAAAGGUCAUACAUGAUUUAAAUCAAGUACAAUUACAGCUAAAGGAUCGUGGUCAAGAGGUCAAGGACCUAAGAUCUUCAUUAUUAGAACGUGAUCACACUACCGGACAAUUAAAUGAUACUCUAAGUAAAUUUAAAAAGGAAAAGAUUAAUUUACAAAUUGAACUUGAUAGAACAAAAUCUGAAUUAAAGGUUCGUGAAGGGGAAAUAAGGGAAUUAAAUUUCUCCCUAUUGGAAUGUGCUCAUGAUUUACAAUCUACGAAAACGGAUCUGGCUGCAACCAUAAGUGAAAGUGAUAUAGCCAUAGAAGAAUUACAAAUACAAUUAAAAGAACGUGAACAACUCGUUCGUAAUCAUGCCGUUCAGAUAAAAUCUUUAAAACGAAAUUUGGAAGCUACCAAGCAAGAUCUUACUAACGCACAAAAUGAACUAUCGGCUGCUCAAUCCAUGUGUAGUGCCGAAAUUGAAGCCGCUCAAGCGAUGUGUUCUGCUGAACUUGAAGCCACAAAGGCAAAAUCUUUAGCCGAAAUCGGCGUGAUAAGAGCAAAAUAUGCUGCGGAACUUCAUGCCACAAAAGAAGAACAUGCUGAUGAAUUAGAGGCUACAAAGGCUCAACUUUCCUUUUUUAAAUCUCAAUUGGAUUCAACUAAAGCUCAGCUUUCUUUUACAAAAUCAAAACUUGAAUGGGCAAAAGCUGACCUCUCUUCGAUCAAAGGUUUACUUGAUACUACAAAAUCUGAUCUUGCCGCUACAAGUAAUAAAUAUAAACGUCAAACCGCCGAUUUGAAAUCAACAAGAUCGGAACUUGACGAAAGCAUUGAAAUGGUUGCUCAAAGAGAUGGUAUAACUUCCUACAUAAUACAGGUUUAUCAAGAAGAUAUCAAAUGCGAAAAAGAACGCCUCGGCGCCGAGCUUGACGAUACCAAAGAGCAACUUAAUAAAAUUAAAGCCACGCAUGAGAAAGAAAAGAAGGCUAAUGCCAAAACUAUUAAACAACUCACAAGUCAAGUUCAAAAUUUAACAAAUCAACAAGGUACAAAAUCGGAAAUUGUACAAGAGAAAGCCAAAUUAUAUCAGUUAGAAGGAGAAAAUAACAAAUUACGUAAACAACUUGAACAAACGAAAUCGCAAGCUUCAGAACAUUUAUUAAUGAAAGAAGAGAUCGCUCGAUUACAUUCACAAGUUAUACAAUUAAAGAAUUUGUCAAAGAAACGAAACAGCAUCGCACAAUUAUAUGAAACACCCAAACACUUUGCGGCACCAUCAACACCACCAGAAUCACCAUGCAAUUCAUUCCCCAACAAUGAUUUAUUUGCUGAUUUGAGACAAGAAACUAAAGUAAUGCAAAAUUCCAGCGAAGAACACCAAAUUAAUAGUUGUACAGUAACUGAUGAUUGGGUCACUGUAAAGAAAAGAAAUAGUAAUAAGCGAUCAUCAAAAGGUUCACUUCGCAGUAAUAAAUCAUCGCCUAGCCGUGGAGGACGAAGGAUAUUACAUACGUUGAAUUUCAGUUAUGGUAAUAGAAUCAUGAAAAAUCAACCUUUCUACUUCCUUUCACUCGGCGAUAUUGGACCCACUUACAAAGAAAUGAAUUGCGCUUCGAUUUAA